AUGCCACCUUUUCAAACCCUUGACCAUCACACAGAUGAGGCUUUAGAAAAAGAAAAUUAUAAUACAUUGAAUGAGAAAACAUGGGCGGAUUUAAUUGCAUUAUGUCAAGAAAGGGGUUUACCGGCUGAAGGAGAUAAAGCUAUAUUGAUAAAACAGCUAUUGGAUUGGAAGUCAAAUACAAGACCCGUGCCAGCGCCCUCAACACCAAGGCUUUUUUCCAGUGAAGAUCAAAAUUCUAACAGACAAAAUAAUAUAAAUUCGGUUUAUAUAUCAUCAUUGCUUAUAAAAGGCGACGGAGAUGAUGGAAUAGAAUCAAUUAAUUAUGACGAACUUGUGAUUGGAAGAAAGUUAGGAUCUGGAGGAUUUAAAGAUUGUUAUGCAGGAAAACUUAAAGGAUCGCCUGUAGCUAUUGGAGAACUGCGUGUUUCAAAUUUUAGCGAAACGGAUUUUAAAGAGAUGAGGCAUGAAAUAAAUGUUCUAAAGUUUAUUGGAGUUUGUAUCAAUUCAAAACAUCUAUGUAUUAUAACUGAAUUAUGUGAAAAUGGUGAUUUAUACGAUUACAUGAGAAAAUUCUCAAAACCAACAUUCACUCAACAGAUCAAUUUUAUGCAUGAUAUUGCAUUUGGUGUAGCAUAUUUACAUUCAAGAAGGCCAAGCAUAAUUCAUAGAGAUAUAAAAUCAAUGAAUAUUCUGAUUUCGAGUGAUUUACGUGCAAAAAUAAAUGAUUUUGGAUUAGCACGUAUUCGUCCUAGAGCAAAUGCGAGCAUGCAUACCCAAUGUGGCACUCCAAAUUGGCAAGCUCCUGAAUUUUGGACACCAAAUCCAAGUUAUACCGAGAAGGUAGACGUAUAUGCUAGUGCUUUAAUUUUUUGGGAGAUAAUGACUUGGGCCGAAUUGGGCUACCCUUAUCAAGGAUAUACCGAGCAUCAAUUAUAUGAAUCUGUUCGAGAUAAAGGCGUUCGUCCGCAAACCGAUACUUUGAAGAAUUAUCCGCAAGCUCUUAUUGGUUUAGUUGAAGAAAUGUGGCAAUCGGAUCCUAAAAAGGCCAAAUAUGAAUUAUGUGGUUGA